GUGCUGUGUAUUGUGCAUAUGUGCGUGUGUAAGAACCUAAGAACGUAAUAUAUAUUUGAAAUUAAAAAGAGUAGUUUAUUUUUUACAACUGUACUGAGCUGUUUAUAUCGUCAUGUCUUCAUCAAUAAAUUCAAAUAAUGAAGAAUCCAUAAAGAAACGUUGUCGUCCAUUUGAUGAAAAUCUUACUCGUCAAUUGAAGGUUCACGUCGGAUUAAAAGAAUCCGCUGACAAAGAUGAGAAAGAAAAAGAAUUGCAAAAAAUUUAUGAUCGAACUAUGCAGUUGUUAAAAAAUGGACCUAAAAUAACUAAUGAUGUUACAAUUAACAAAGAAAACAAAAAAAAUGCUGGAUAUCACUUUGAACUACCAAGAUUCAAGCAAAUGGUUCUUACUAAUAACCUUGAGUUAGAAGUCAGUAAAAAAAUUAUCAUGCCACUGGAUAAACAGAUAUGUACUAAUUGUAAACAGUUAAAUGUCAUCGAUCGUACUUGUUGUUUCCUUUGCAUCGAAUUUCACUGUCCGAAGUGCCUCAACGAGUGUAACAAAUGUCUGGAAGUAUUUUGCCCAAAAUGUAGUUUAACCAUCUAUGACGGUGGCGAACACGUUGAAUGUUUAGCAUGUUAUCAUUGAAGAUUCAAUCUAUUAAUAAUAUUUCGGUUGAACGUGUAAUUGUUCUUUCUAGCAUUAAAGAUAAAUAUUACCUCAACUGAUUUUAAGUUAAAGUAGCUUAAAUUUAAAUUUAUAAAAUUAAUUAUUUUUUAAU